AUGAAUAAAAUUAGCAUCCAACAUGAGCGCCGGAUGGUCGAACUGGGCCCUGGUGCAACGUGGAUAAAUGUUUAUGCUGCCCUGGAACCGUAUCAUAUUUCGACAGCCGGAGGGCGAAUUAGUGGAGUUGGGGUUGGUGGCUUCCUCUUGGGCGGUGGCAUCGCCUUCGUAUCCGCUGAGAAGGGACUUGGUGCGAACAACGUGAUCAACUACGAGGUUGUACUCUCUAAUGGUACGAUUGUCAACGUAAAUGAAGCUGAGAAUGAAGACUUAUUCUGGGCGAUGAAACUACCCUCUACCAAUUAUGGCAUCGUUACUCGAUUCGACAUGCAACUCUACGCACAGUCUGAAAAAUGGGGGCACGACGACACAAACAAAGACAACAUGGUAUCAGUCGCUAUGGUGCGAAACAAGGGCAUGAGUUUAGCCUUGGCAGUGCAAGUUAAUGAAGUUGGAAUUGCCUAA